GCAGAAGCUGACGGCGGGGGAGGAGCCGGGUCCACUGCCGGGUGGAGGGGCCAGGCGAGUGUCCUUAUCCUAGCUAGCGUUUGGGGCUCGGGCCUGUAAGCCAGUUGGAGUAGCAGCUGCGAGAACGAUUGGGCAGAACGGGGGAAGACAUGUUGCUCUUCGUGGAGGACAAGUGGAAAAGCACAGUAAGGCAGAUUGCUGUUUUAUACUUGGGAAGAAAUUUCCAGUGAUAGAAUCCUUCAUACUGAAAAGCAUCUGUUACAGCUUGGAUGGCAAUAAAAAUUAUAUAUUCUGGAAAAUCGCUCUAGCAGGUGACAUCUAAAGGAACUGGUUUAAAUCCUAAUGCCAAAGUAUGGCAAGAAAUUCCUCCUGGAAAUACUGAUGCCACUCCAGUAACUCAUGGAACUGAAAGCUCUUGGCAUGAAACAGCAGCCACAUCAGGGUCUCAUCCUGAGGGUAAUACAGAGCUUUCAGAUGAUAUAUGUAAGGAAUAUGAAGUAAUGUAUUCAUCUUGUGAAACCACAAGAAAUUCUACAGGCAUUGAAGAAUCAACAGAUGGAAUGAUUUUAGGGCCAGAAGAUCUGAGUUACCAAAUAUAUGACGUUUCUGGAGAAAGCAAUUCAGCAAUUUCUGCAGAAGACCUAAAAGAAUGUCUGAAGAAACAAUUAGAAUUCUGUUUCUCACGAGAAAAUUUAUCAAAGGAUCUUUACCUUAUAUCUCAAAUGGACAGUGAUCAGUUCAUCCCAAUUUGGACCGUUGCCAACAUGGAAGAAAUAAAAAAGCUAACCACAGACCCCGAUCUAAUUCUUGAAGUGCUGAGAUCUUCUCCCAUGGUACAAGUUGAUGAGAAGGGCGAGAAAGUGAGACCAAGUCAUAAGCGCUGUAUUGUGAUUCUUAGAGAGAUUCCUGAAACAACACCAAUAGAGGAGGUGAAAGCUUUGUUCAAAAAUGAAAACUGUCCCAAGGUGAUAAGUUGUGAGUUUGCACACAACAGCAACUGGUAUAUAACUUUCCAGUCAGACACUGAUGCACAAGAGGCUUUUAAAUACUUGAGAGAGGAAGUUAAAACAUUUCAGGGCAAGCCAAUCAUGGCAAGGAUAAAAGCCAUCAAUACAUUUUUUGCUAAGAAUGGUUAUCGAUUAAUGGAUUCUAGUUUGUAUAGUCAGCCCAUUCAAACUCAAGCACAGUAUGCCUCACCAGUCUUUAUGCAGCCUGUAUAUAAUCCUCACCAACAGUACUCGGUCUAUAGUAUUGUGCCUCAGUCUUGGUCUCCAAAUCCUGCACCUUACUUUGAAACACCACUGGCUCCCUUUCCCAAUGGUAGUUUUGUGAAUGGCUUUAAUUCACCAGGAUCUUAUAAAACAAAUGCUGCUGCUGUGACUAUGGGUCGACCAUUCCAAAAAAAUCGUGAUUUUCUCUUACCAGAUCUUGUUCUCCCAGUUGAUUCUUUUUGCCAAGGAGACCAUACAGGUGUAAAGCCUCAUUUUAGGUCAUCAAGUGGUUCAGAACACUCAACAGAGGGCUCUGUGUCAUUGGGGGAUGGACCAUUAAACAGAUCUGGUUCAAGGAACUUUCCAACUGAACGGCAUAACUCUGUAGUAACAGGGCAUCAGGAGCAAAGCUACCUUCCAAAAGAGACUCCCACUUUACAGAUUGAACAGAAUGGGGACUAUGGUAGGGGAAGGAGAACUCUUUUCAGAGGUCGAAGACGACGAGAAGAUGACAGAAUCUCAAGAACCCAUACUUCAACAGCUGAAGUAAAGGCUCCAACACCAAAGUUUGACUUAUUAGCCUCAAAUUUUCCUCCUUUACCUGGGAGUUCAUCAAGAAUGCCAGGUGAACUCGUUUUGGAGAGUAGGAUGUCUGAUGUUGUUAAAGGUGUCUACAAAGAAAAGGAUAAUGAAGAGUUGAGAGUUACUUGCCCAGUGCCUGCAGAGGAUGAGCAGACAGACUGUACCUCUGCCCAGCAACUCAAUAUAAGUAGCAGUCCUCCAUGUACCACUGAGCCUCCUGCAUUAAGCACAACUCAGCAAGAAAAGGAUCUAAUAGAGGAUUCCACUGUUCAGAAGGAUGUUCUCAGCCAGACAACUAUAUCAGUUUCUUCCCCAAGUAUUGCAAAGCCAUCAAGGACAAAUACUGCUUCACCAUGUAAUAGUAACAUAAAUGCAGCUGUAACUGUGGCUCUACAGGAACCCCGAAAGCUAAGUUAUGCUGAAGUGUGCCAGAAGCCCCCUAAAGAGCCAUCUCCAGUUCCUGUGCAACCGCUACGAGAACUUCGAUCCAAUGUAGUGUCUCCUACCAAAAAUGAAGAGAAUGGAGCUCCUGAGAAGUCCAUUGAGAAACCACAUGAGAAGCCAGAAGCAAGGGCUAGUAAGGAUUAUUCUGGCUUCCGAGGCAAUACCAUUCCCAGGGGAGCAGCUGGAAAAAUCAGGGAACAGAGACGCCAGUUUGGCCAUAGGGCUAUACCUCAGGGAGUGACUCGACGUAAUGGCAAAGAGCAAUAUGUGCCACCCAGAUCACCAAAGUAAAAAAACAAAAACUAUUCAAAAACUUCUCUCUCUUCCCAUUAAACUGUAGCCGCCGUGGCUGUAUUGAACUGUUUUGGAGGGGAGUGGGUAGCCAGGAAGGAAACAGGAGAAAGUAUGUCUUUAAAUCAUUAUGGAUUUUGGAGUUAUAAGCAGUAGAAUCCCAAAAUCCAUCUCUAAAGUAAUUUUAAAAUGCUGGAGGAUUCCAAUCAGUAUAAAUAUAUAUAUAUGUAUACAUAUAUAAAAAUAUAAUUUUUCUAUUUUUGUUUUUGAUUUUAAUUUGCAGAGAUCUUCUGCCUGGAAUCAAUUUUGAGGGUUCAGAUUUAGCUUGGGAAAAAAAACAUAUUACACAUCCUUCAGUAUAAGAGAUGAGGGAGUGAGAGAAAAUAUUUUUUGAAGAAGCAUUUCUGUAAAAUUAGAUAUUACUUUUUUUAAUCUAUUUAAAGUUUGGCUUGGAGAAUGCCAUCUCUGCCUAUAUGGCCUUGUGUUGCAAAGCAGAUCAGUGGCUGGGGUGCCUGUUGUGUGAGUGUGUGCAAGAGUGAUUGGAGCCAAAUCUGUUGUCAUGUUAGCAAAUGAUUUGAAAACUGAAUGUAAUACAUACUUGAGUAGAUUUUUUUUUCCAGUUUGAAAUGUAGUCUCUUUUUGACCUUACUAAUAUUUCAUUCAACAUGAAGUUGUUAAACUCUGAUUGUACUUGGAGAUGUGACUACCAAUCAGUUUGAUACUCAAGGAAAGAAGGGGGUUAUUAAAAAAAUUGAAAAUCUGUCUUAGAGCUGAAUGGAUAGGUCAAAUGGACUUUAGAGGUUUAAACAGCCCUGUGAUUUUUUUCCCCCUAAAAUAGGAAACUAUUUAUUUUUGUUACUGCAUUUGUUACUCUCUGUUCUUUGACUACCAUCCCCCUAAAGCAAAAUAACCAACCACCUACAUAAUUGUAUGUUUCUAACUGCCUCAACCAGUCUAAUCAAAUCAUAUAACUGUUCUAAAUUUCUGAAUUGAACGGUGAAGUAUUUAUUCUUCUGUUCAUGUAUUUAGAACUUUAGAUCCCAGAAUGAUAGGGCAGACUGACCCUACAGUAAUUUAUUUGUGUUAGUGUUAAAGAUGAAACAUUGUAAUUGACUCUCUUAAAGUGUUAAAUAGUAUAGAAGUAAAAAUAAUUUUUAAAGGCUUAAUUUGGGGGCAACUUUUUCUAUUUACAAUGUAUUUAUCAUCUGCCUUCCUUUCCUUUCUCAAAAAAAAAGUAAUAAGUAAAUAAAUACAGUUUGGAAUUCACAAACAACCAGCAAGUCAUGAGAUUUUUAAGUUAAGGUAAGAGAGAUAGUUGAAGAAAAUUAAUACAUAGUUUUUCAGUGAAUAAAGUUAUAGCUCUCAUAUUAAAUAGGCAAGUUUACAUGCUGGUGUUUAGAAAAUGGCUAUAAAAUAUUAAAAACCAUGUUGCAUUAAUCUGUUUUAAGUCAUACCAUUUUCGGAGUUCUGUGUAAGGUGGGGUUUGUUUUCUUUUUAGGGAUAGUUUGUAAUAGUAGUAACUGUCCCUCAUGUUAGUGAAUUACAUAUGUACAAAUUGAAACUGUAAAUUGUGAACACUGGAAAGCACCAUUGUGACAUAGAGUAAACAUCUUAGUAAUAUAUUAAAAUGAAUGUAAAUGGAGGUUAAAAUUACAUUACUGUGAAACUCAUCUUCCAACUCUAAGUUAAGCUUUGGAGAUUUGUAUUAGUAGGUAACUGUUCAAAGCUUUGAAAACACUGCACAUUUCUGUACAAGCCAGAAUUAUCAUUUCUUUGUAACUUAUUCAGCUUGGCAACUGCUUUUGAUUUGGUGGAUUGAUAACGUGGUAUAAUAUAUUUAAGUAGUUUGAAACUAUUUGUUUCUACACACUAUUUUUUUAAAUCAUCUACUAGGUGAAACAUACAAUUAAACUGCCUGUGCUAAAAUUUGGGGGAAGUUUAGGUCCUUUAAAAAAAGUAUUAAUAAUCAUUGACUACAUCUAUGAUAAAAGUGCUUAUUUUGGUUUACUUAGAUAAUGCUGCAGUUGGUGGAAAUGAUAAACAUUUAAAGUGUUAACACUCUGUGAAUGCAUUGGAUUUAAGAGAAUAAACAUUUUAUAAAAAUCACUUGGCAAGGAUUAUAAACUUAAUUAUUGCACUUAAAACGAAACAUGACUUUUUUUACAAUGUGUCACAGAAGUGGGCUUGUAUUACUUGUAUGCUUGUGUGACUUACCCAACUUUUAAAAACUAUUCUACUUGAAACACAAGAAGAGUUUUCUUUUUGAAGAAAGUGCUUUUGCCCAAAAUAUUAUUGAAAGUAGAAAAUUUCAUAUAAAAUAUAUUGUUUUAAUUUAAUUUGCCUCAUUACAGCUAAUAACUCUCAUUUUGAUGGGGUGUACAGAGAAGAAUAAAUAUGUGUGUGUACAUAAAAUAUAUAUAUUCACAGUAUGUAUUUAGCAUUUAUUUUAUUACAGCAGAUUUAAGGUUUGUAUGUAAAUGAUGUUUAUGAAACUUGGCUUUUAUUCCCCCAGCAUUACUCUGUAACUGAUGAAGAUUGGGCAUUCAUUGGAGUUCAGCUAUUUAUUUGGUUUUUUAGAAGGAGGAAUUUAAAUGUCAAUUUUUUCUCUUCAUCCUUAUGGCUUAACACUUUCUUGGGUUGUUGGAGGCUGAAAGUAGAUAGAAAUGAUACUGAGUGUAUGGUAUAGUGAUUUUUCUGCCAUAGUUCUUAUUGCAUGAAGAGAACAAGUCACACAGGUUCAUCACCUUACACUCCAUAGAGAAGAUUUAUAGAGAUAUUGCAAAAUCUAUCUCCAUUUUCUAUCCUGAUAAUUAAGGUUUUCAUGAUAUCUAGGGCCUGUCUCUAAUCGGAGUAACUACAUUUUUGCACACAUACACUGGCAUUCAAAAGAAUGAUCGUUUUUCAACUGGAUUUUGGAAGAAGAUAAAAUCUUUCAGAGAUAAUGGGUUUUUAUUGUCAUCUUAUGUGCUCAGUAUGCAUGUGAUCAAAUGACAUGCAGAUUUUAAAUUUAUUUUUGGUUCCUAAAAUUAAGGUAGCUUGAAUAUUGUUUCACAUUCCUUUUUCUUUUUAAAUAACGAGGUUGGCUUUGCAAAAGGCUUAAAUGAUGAAAUAUUAGCAUCUGCUGUAAUAGAAAAUAGUAUUUAAAAGUUACUGAAUACUUUCUCUGGUUUUAUUAGUUAUGGCCUUAAUAUUUAGUCUUUUAGCUUACAUAUCCUCUGGUUUUACUUUGACACAGUCGAGCAGCACUAGGGUUAAGUCUUUGAUAUUUAUGUUGGCCACGUAUAUUAACCAUAUUUUAAAAGUAUCCAUUUUGUUAGUUUUUACAGAAAAGGUAAAAUGCAAGAGAGCACUAUGUUCCUUUUGAGAGAUUUUUAUAAAUUCUUAACUAUGCGAUGGGGUUUUUUUCCUAAUUUUUUAUAUUUCUUACAAUUUGGUGGCUGUUAAUUUAACUUUAGGCUUUUUGGUAUAUACUAAUUUAGCUAGUCUCAGCUUCCAAGAAGAUACAUCGACAUUUCAGUUUUCAUUAGCUGAAUGAAGACAUUUUAAGAAGUUGAAAGAAAAUUUUUCUAGUUGAGAAUAAAUUCUUUCAAAAUUCAUCUGAUUAUUAAAUAAUAUAAAAGUUUUUUAGCUAAGAACUUCUUAUGAAUUGCUGAAUAGAUGGUUCCUAAAAGUACAACUCAGAUACCAACAGGCUGUGCUUAAAAUAAAAUGGUUUUAUUUUCAGUUUUGCAGCACAAAACACUCAUUAGCAUAUAAUUCAAAGAAACAUCCACACUGAUUUUUUUUUUUCCCCUGAUUCCGGUGUCCUUUGAGCGACAUCUCUUAGAUGUUCCGGUUGAUGGUCAGAACCAAUUACCUGGCUUCUGUUUUGUCCAUUGCUUAGGUUUGUUCCUGUUGUCAAAACCGCCUCCCCCCACCCCCGCAAAAUGGUGUGACACAUGCUCAUGCAUAUUAUGUUAAAAUGAGUACAUCCUUGUAUUUGUAUUUUUGUUUUCAACAUUGCCAAGGUGCUAUGGGAAAUUAAAGUAACAAAAAUUAGAAAAAAAUAAAAUUAUUUAAAAGCA